UUGUUAAAGGUAAUUUAAAUUUCAUGUUUCUGCAUAUGGUUUCACAUACAUUUUACCAUGAAGCUUCUAUUUCGAAUUUAAUUUGUGAGAAUUAUUUUGAACUGACAGAUGCCUGUAUAUGGGGAGAGUAUGACGAUUGUCCGUCCUGGCCUAGCUGUUCUAAGAGCUGUGGUGGUGGUUCAAGGUGCAGGACAUGCGAGUCGUGCGUCUUUAAAAUUGACAAAACUUUCUGCGAAACGUGCAAUGAGUUUUGUUUUAAUGAUGGCGUGUAUCAAAGCGGAUCCUGUCAAUGCCAAGCUUGGAGAUCGGGAGAUUGCUGUGAGCAAUGCAGACAGAUUAACAUCGCAAAGUGUCUACCAGGCAGACAGGAAUGUGGUGGUUCCCCAGAUGGAGUCAGGUGCACACAGUGUGAAAACGGCUACACAUCUGGUGGCUACGGAAAAGGCUGUAUAGAUGUCGACGAAUGCCGCGACGGUACUACAGGAUGUAGUCAUGGCUGUGAAAAUACGGCUGGGUCAUAUAGAUGUACAUGCCCAAAUGGAUAUGUAUUGAAUUCUGAUGGCCAAACAUGCAAAGCAAUUUCGGUCCAUGGUGAACUUCCCGUCGCGGUGUUUUGCGAAGACGGGUGGACACAGUUCUCCCUGGAUACAGGAACGGGUCAAAUAUGCCUCCAAUUCAACACGGAAGCGCGGUCAUGGCAAGAUGCCGAUAAACACUGUGGAGAAAAUAUUGCGAAUUUGAUGCAGCUGGAUCUGAUGUACCAUUACUUCACUAUCACGGAAGUCAGAAAACAAAUGGGAAUAGGGAAUAUCUUAGUAGAAACUUUGCAGAUGAAGGAGUUCUGGUCGGGCAUGAACGUGCAGAACGGGAGACUCAUGUGGGACGACUAUGGGCCUAAAUACGUCAAUCUUACACAAUUAGGCGUCGGCGGCACGAGACAAGAUAUCUGGGAAUGGGAGGUCAGUCAACCGGAUCCAUCCGUCGGUGAAUGUGGGAAGGUCACCGCCGGCACCACCAUAACGAAUGGAAGUGAGUUCUUCAACAAUCGGACCACUGUCGGCCUCCACGACUGCUCCAGCAAGUUGCCAUAUAUAUGCCAGAAGAACCGAUUGCGAUUAGAAUUGAAAAAUGCUUCCUUUUGCGAGACUAAUUGGAUCGGGAACCAGUUCUUGCCGCACUGUUAUCGGGUAUUCACAGACGCUGUGUCCUACGAGGACGCCUUUCAAAGAUGCCUUGACAACGAUGCCAAACUAGCCGUCGCCCGAACUGUCAAUGAAUCUUCUAUCGUUGCAAAGGCCUUCGAGUUCUUCAACGCAACUGACCAGUACUUUUCUAACAAGAAAAUUGAGUACCUGUGGGUGGACUUACCAGAUCCAAAGUUAAACUGUUCCACGUUUUUCGUUUUGAUGCGGUCUUUAUUCCCCGUGGCCGAUUGUUUGUCCCCUAAUUUAUUCAUAUGUUCGAAACCAACACGAUACGUAGGCGAUGCGAACGCUGAAAUAAUAGGGCCUUUCCUAAAUCAGGACGCUUUGUUAGACUUUGAACCAUUUGAACAGUUGCCACUGACUGGCAAGUUGAACCGUGCGCUUAAGGAAGGGGAAAUAGCCUUCCUGGAAACCCCUACAGUGAUACUUAAUUCGACCAACAAAUAUGAAAAGAUGUACCAUCUGUUUACUCAAGAUGUUUUCGGCAACAUCAAUACAUCUGACGAUCCGCAUUCCGUCAGCCUUUCGCUCGGACAUGUACCCGAUGCUUAUGAUCACAGCGCUAAAUUCAGAUGGACUACUGGCUACUAUAGUUUCGGAGUGUACAACAUUAAUCCUCCUGUACCGUACAAAGCGAGCCCACCAGUUCUUGUAAGAUAUUCAGAAGCUGAUCUGUUUAUUUACGUCUUCAACCUCAAUUUUUACAUGAAAACCGAUCCAACUGGUGAAUUUCGGGUGAUUCCUGAAGAUGUGAACGAAUUUAACCUGAUGCAAGGCUCUCUGAAACUUAAGUUACUUAUUGAAGCCACAAAUUGCAUUUUAUCCCCGUGUCUAAAAUACCAUCGUUGGGACGAAUAUGCCGGGAAAAUAGAAUCAAUUAGCAACGGCACAGUGAAGUUCCGCUUGUUCGUAUGGCCGCCGUCCUCCCGGCUGGUAUCAACCUUGGAGAUGGACCAAGCUGUGAUGCGUGCCCUGAAAGAAGCAUUGAUGAACUCCAUCGCGUAUCAAUCUACACAUAUAUUUUUCGAAGGUUCAUCAUACAUUUUUUGGGACAACACAUCUUUCGUCCUACGAAGCACCAUCGCAUGUUCGAGGCUUAAGGUAGAAGUGGACGCGAAGGUGUUAACAUUCUCGGUUACACGCAUAGGAGUGAUGGGAUACAGCCGUGAAAGAUGUUAUCUAGGACUUGCAGCCAACAAAGCCCUGGCGACUGCUGACUGCACCGGUAGUUACGAUACAGGGGCCGUCUGGCAGAAUAUCCUGCUGUCCCCUACCUGCGGGACCGUGCCAGAAUACAAUCAGUCUAGUAGCACCAAUAGCCUUCAGGAGAUCUCCAAGACCACAAUGGACGAUAGUAACUACGUAGACAUUCUACGGAACACCGUCAAUCUGACGUUUCCAGAUGUCAAUGUCACGGAGGCUGACGUCAUAUAUUCGGCGGACAUACUGAGUAACCUCCUGGAUACAACUUUAAAGAUCAACGAAACGGUAUUGAGCUCCGUCUUGAAAAUAACGAACAACAUUCUCUUCACUAACAGAGAUACCAUCAUCAACGCACAGAAGAUUACAAACGCGGCUAACAGAAUUGUACAAUCAGUGGACGAAAUCACCAGCCGAAUAGAAUUCCCGCCCCUCAUUGAUCAGAAUAAUAAGUCGGCAUCGUUUGUGGAAGACUACGUUGCAAGCGAAGUGUGGUUGCAAAGAGGAGAUGGGCGUGUGGUGAUUGGUAUCAGUGUCGAGAUAGACAGCGACAAAAAGAUCAAACCUUAUUCACUAACAUCAUUAGUCGAGGAAUCAAAAGUGCAAUUUAAUAAGACAGAUGCUGCAAUCUUUCUUACAGAAAAUCUGUUAAAAGGUGAUCUUACAAAGCUGGCGUUCCACGUGUACAGCAGGACGUAUCUGUUCUCGGACAUCAGUAACAGGUAUGUCGUCCAGAGCAGCGUUGUCGCUGCCAGACUUGCUAGGAGAAACAGAGAGGUCCGGGAUCUGGGAAACGAGUUCGUCACGGCGGUUUUCCAUGUAUCCGAGACACACGUCAACUUGGUGUGCGCUUACUGGGAUUACAACACCAACAGUGCUGCCGGUGGUUGGAGGACCGACGGAUGUAAUCUCACACGUCUCGACGAUGGCGCGGAUGUCAUUGUCUGCAAAUGCAAUCAUCUGACUAACUUCGCAGUUAUUGUUGAUCUCAAAGCUAACAGUGAGCUGUCUCAGACUGAAAAAAUCGUCCUUGGCAUCAUGACAAAAGUUGGUCUCAUUCUCUCCAUAAUUGGACUCGGGCUGACGAUUUUGAAUUUCCUGAUAUUUAGACAUCUCCGCAAUGGACGUGGUCAACGGGUGCUUGUUAACCUCAGCGUCUCCAUGCUGUGUUCCGAUAUUUUGUUUUUAGUCGGAAUUGAUCGGACAUCAUCAUAUGGCGGCUGCAUUACCGUAGCGGUAUUGCUGCACUAUUUUAUCCUGGUCUCAUUUAUGUGGAUGUUAGUGGAAGGAGUCCUACAGUACCUCCGAUUCGUAAAGAUCCUUGGGACCUAUAUUCCCAAUUUCAUGAUGAAGGCAAUGAUACCAGCAUGGGGCAUUCCACUCAUUCCGGUUACCGUCAUUCUGGCUGUUGAUUAUGAUAUGUAUUAUGGAGCAAAAGGCUAUUGUUGGUUGUCUCGAACCCCAAUGAUAUAUGGGUUCAUUAUACCAGUAGCGGUCAUCAUUCUUUGUAACAUCGUAGUCUUUACAAUGGUGAUGUUUAACCUAUUUUGUCGGAAGAAGAAAAGUAUGGUGUCUAACCAGUCCGAAAUAAAGAUGGCCUUUCUGCAUUUCCAGGCAGCCGUGUCAAUUGUUUUCAUUUUAGGACUUAACUGGGUGUUCGGGUUCCUGACAGUGGACGAUACCCGUAUCGCCUUCCACUACCUGUUUGCCGUCUUCAACGCCUUCCAGGGAAUGUUUGUGUUUCUUCUUUUCACCGCCAGGGAGAAACAGAUAAGGGACACUUGGCGGAGGUUAUGCUGCGGCAGGUCGAAGUACAAGUCGACCACCUCGGGCUCGGAGUUUACCACGCGUAAGUACAUCAGUGACGAAAGCAACAGCAAUCCGCACAGCAUGUCUGACAAGGAAGUUGAUAUGUCUGGGGUCUAAUAGAGACACGCUCACCGGUGUAUUCGACAAAGCGGUCGCUUGAAAAAAAACGCUGUUAAUAAAUUGUUUAUUAAUUAGUGUUUAUUUGCCAUAAAGGAUUCUAUGAGCGAGAGUAUUCUUUUUUUUUUAUAAAAGGUUAAUGUGUUUCAAUUUUUGUUCAAAUAUAUGAAGUCUAUCAUUGUUAAGGGACAUUUGUUUUUCAAUUUGAAUCUUCAGUUUUAAAUAAUUGAAAAAAAAGUUUAUUGUGGGAAUUUGUUUUUUGUAUUCCAUGUUGAAUAUUAACUAUUUCAUUAAUAUGAUUUUGUAAUUCACAGCGUUAUUAACCUCUUGUAUUUUGAAGGCAUUUACUCCUAAACUGAUCUCAAAAAGAGAUAGUUUUACAUUUAAUUGUUGUUUCUCUAGAAAGGUUGUCAAUUGAUUCCAUAGAGAUUGAAUAUCAUUACACUCCCAUAAAAGAUAUUCUAUUUUUUUAAAUAUGUUCACUACACAUAUCACAAAGAUUUGUUUUGGAUAGGUUGCACUUAACAAGAUGUUUGUUUGUAGCUGUGAUUCUCUGGAUGUAUUUAUAUUGGAAAUUGUUCAGUGUGCUAUCAGUAGUUGAUUUAUAUGGCAUGAUAAAUAUGUGUUUCCAAUUAAAUUAUUUUUUUCCAAGUAGGUUUUGUCUUUAGUUUGAGCUUUAGAAAUUUCGGUAGAGGUUUUAAUUUGAAGUGUGUAAAAUAGUUUGUUCCUUUUCUUUUGUUUUGCAAUUAUGUUUUCUAAGAAUGUUUUUGAGUACAUAUUGUGUGAUUUGUAUUGAUUACAGCUUUAAUAUGUAUGUGUAUACUUUUGAUUAAGGUGUAGUACAUCAGAACCGUUGUUUAUAGAAAAACGUUUUAUUGUUAGUAGUUAUGUCUUUAUUGUUCCAUAGAAGGAUUUUAGUGUAUAAUUCCUAUAAUAUCACUUAAAAAGAGUUGGGGUAAACAUUUUAAGCAUGCAAAAAUAAGAUAAACAACAAACAUUUGAAACAAAGUAAUUCAGCAAAAUAAAUUAAGAUGGGAUGUUUUCCCUUCUCAAUAAGCAUUGGUCUCCGCUAACAGCCUAAACAUAAAAUAGUUGUUGACCGCAAGUAACUUCCAUCGCGGUCUCGUUUAUAUUUCCAUAAUUAUCCCGUAUAUCACCUUUCACAAAUACUUGCUUUUAAACGAGAAAACAGCGUUCUUCCUUUGGCAAAAUUCAGGGCAAUUGCAAUAUUGCGAAAUGUACAAAGGAUAGUCAUUAUUAUUGCGCGUUUUGAAAAAGUAAUUCACUGUGUGUUAUAUUUUAAAUCAUACCUUAAUAUAUUUCAAUUGAUAAAUGUAUGUGUAGUUUUCAUGUACAUAUAAUUUUAAUGAAUGUCAAUUCAGCCUGAUUUCCGAACGAAUUAUUUCGAUCAAUAAAACCAAGUCGAACAGUUAUACAAACACGUUGUUGUUGCUAUACAAUAUUGAACAAUAUGAAACAUGUAACAUAUUGGAAAAAUAUUCCAGUAGGAUUUUCAUAUCACUUUAAAAGCAGUUCGUUUCACAAAAAGUAAGCAUUAUAUGUGCAUUUACAGAAUUGUCGCAAUAUUUUAGGAAAGACUUCUGAAGAACAGGCCAAGUAGAAACCAAAGUAAUGCACACAAAUUGUUAAAAAUGUAGAAGUCUAGUGCAAAGGGUGCCGGAUGUUGCAGUCACCAUUUCAAAAUUACUCAUAACACGCAUUGGCGUAAUUUGGAUCAAACCCCAUCAUCAAUUUGCGUUUUAAAAACUACAACUGGCAAUUAUGUCAUUUUACGAUGUAUAUCAUGUUAUAGUUUUACUAUCAUCAAAUAUCGAUUUGCAUUAACUUCUAGGUCGUGUGAUAAACAGCAACCAAUCGGUUUCGGAGAUGUUUAAGUUAUUGGUAAAAAGCUUCGAAGGGAAGCGACGAACGGCGAGUUACCAGAAAACUUUCGCUUGAAUUGUUUUCCUUCAUUUAGCUGACCAAGUACAGCGCGUGAUAUUAUGGAGGCAAUUUUAAUUCUAAAUGACGAAUGUUAAAUUUAAGAAUUUUCGUUUAUUAAUUGAAUAUUAUCGUGUUGCCUUUUCGAUUCUUUUAUAGUCUAAAAGUGUGCUUACUGGAAAUGUUCUUAUACGCACGUUGAAUAUAGUUGGCUUACUUACUUUGGACAAGUAAACAAACAUGUAAACAUUUCAAAAUCAAAUUUAGGAUUUGAAGAAAUACCAUACACAUAUCCUGGGUCACAUUCUACAGACUUCAUAUUUCAUUUAAAUGCUAAUUAGUGGAACAAUCUAGCCGCCAGUGAUGUUUAUUAUCUGGUUUGUAUUCUCUCUCCUGAGCAUGUUGCCGUGUGUCAUAAAAAUGAUUUUUUAAUAACUGUAUACGCACUCUGUGGUUUUCUUAAAAAGCGUUCAAUGCUUGAAACACACACGAUGUACAAAAAACUAAAAUAGUUAUAGUCAAAAAUACAAAAAACAGCAGAAUUUUCAAUAUUUUAUUAUCAAAUAAAUGUUUUCACAAAUGGAUACGAUUACAAAAUAUAUUAAUUAAUGUUUAGAGAUUAAUAAGUGUUAGUUCUUGGAGAAUACAAUAAUUAUUAAUUACUUAGUGACGUACUAAUGUUGUUGUAGUUUAUUGCAUCCCUUUAUAUCUGCCAAAUGUGUCGCAAGCCUCUUGCUUUUUUCUUACUUGAAACAAAUAAAAGAAACC